UUUUCAUUAUUUUGCCGAUACUCAUCUCAAGGCAGCUGAUAUGGUUGGAGCAUACGAGAAUAAUAACAGAGCAUAAUGCAGUAAUGAGGGAAGAGAUUCCUUCUCAUUUCAGCAAUUUCAAUUGUUAGUGAGACUGAAGAGAACUGUUUGAGGACGCUACUAUCCGUGAGCAUUCCAGUUAGCUAAAGAGGGAUGUAGGGUAGCAUUAGGUACUGUAUUAAUUUGAAAUGUUUCCUCUAUUUUGGUCUUUUAGAUACACUGUUUUGUUAUUUGAUUUUGCUUUAGCACUUUUGUUAUACCGAUUACUUAAUGGUGAUGCAAAAUAACAAAACUGUAAUAUUUUAUAAAAUUGCAUGCUACGGUCACUCUUGCCCCACUUCACUCAUGUAAACGCUGCAGCUACAGCUGCUCUCGCGUCGUUCACGGCUGCUGGUUACUGUCUAAUACAUAUAUCUCUAUCUUCGCCUGACCUCACCCUCAUCCUUUCAGCACAUUGACAGAUUGCGAAAAAUCAAUUUUACGCAGGCCUCAGGAUUGGAUCACACUUUUUUCCGAGGUCGGUUCAGAAUGUGAAAAUUAUCCCACUGCAGCUAGAAGUGCACCCGUUGGAAAUAUCCUUUUGCUAUGAUUAAACUGUGAAGUUACCGGUUUAAUUGCGAUCAUGGAAAUGUGUCUAAGCUUGAGGCGUAAUUCGUUUUAGAAUAAUUUUUCGCAGCUUCUAUAAGCCAGUAACAGAUAUUAAACAGGAACUAAACGGGUGUUUGGAACAAGUUUAGCACUAGGACUUUCAACGGUUCAGAGAAAACGAUGGUCACGGCGAAGACAGUGGAUACAGAGAAAGAACGGCUUACAAAGAAAAUGUGUUCAAAUAGUAGUACGGGUGGAAGUGGAUCCGGUGGUGGUGUCUCUGGGCCAUCGGUUAGUUUUAGUGCUGGAACCACCCAUCAUACGGCUCACAGCCAGGACGCCCCGAAUAUUCUGGUCUACAAAAAGAUGGAGUCCAUUAUUGAUAAAAUGCAAGCGGAAGGAUCGGGAGUGUCUGUGCGCACGGUAAAAGCCUUCAUGACUAAGGUCCCUUCAGUAUUCACGGGGGCCGAUCUUGUUGCUUGGAUAAUGCAGAACCUAACGGUCGAUGAUGUGACGGAAGCCUUGCACCUGGCACACCUUCUUGCGUCGCAUGGUUAUUUGUUUCCAAUUGAUGAUCAUCAACUAACCGUAAAAAACGACGGGACUUUCUACCGUUUCCAAACACCGUACUUCUGGCCUUCUAACUUUUGGGAGCCAGAAAACACUGACUAUGCCAUCUAUCUUUGCAAGCGUACUAUGCAAAAUAAGACCAGGCUCGAGCUGGCAGAUUAUGAAGCAGAAAAUCUAGCCAAACUGCAGAAAAUGUUUUCACGUAAAUGGGAAUUUAUUUUCAUGCAAGCUGAAGCUCAAAGUAAGGUAGACAAAAAGCGAGAUAAAUUAGAGCGUAAGGUAUUGGAUUCGCAGGAGCGAGCCUUCUGGGACGUGCAUCGUCCUAUGCCUGGCUGUGUCAACACGACUGAAGUGGAUAUAAAGAAGGCCUAUCGGCGAGGUGCCUCGAGUUUGGGUUCCGGUUCUGCUGGUACGGCAGCCAACAGUAAUCCGAGUGAGACGAUGACCAAGACAAUCAAAUUACUAAAUCAACGACUCGAGCGACGGACGAUUAAAGUAUCCAAGGUGGCCGAGUCGUACGUUUCAUACCUUGAACAGUACGGUGAGUUUGAUUAUUUUUUAACUGCUCCAGAGUAUCCUAAUCCAUGGCAGUCUGAUAGCACGGAGUUAUGGGACUCCGAAAAACAAGGCAAAGAUAUCCCAAUGAAACGAGUUAAACGCUGGGGAUUCAGUUUGCGAGAACUUUUGAACGACCCGGUAGGACGGGAACAAUUUACAAAAUUUCUUGAUAAAGAGUUUAGUGGUGAAAAUUUGAAGUUUUGGGAAGCGAUUCAGGACAUGAAAGCUCAACCCCAGUCCAAAAUUAAGGACGCUGCGAACGCCAUCUGGAACGAGUAUCUUGCGCCGGACGCGGCCUGCCCUGUCAACAUAGACUCCAAAUCCCUUGAGCUUGCCCGGGACGCCAUCAGCGGCGGUACGGUUAGCCAGAGCCGCUGGUGUUUCGAUGUGGCCGCCGAUCACGUGUUCUAUCUGAUGAAGUCCGACUCGUACUCGCGCUAUCUACGCUCCGAUAUGUACAAGGAGUACCUCAACGGCUCCAAAAAGAAGACAUCUGUACGAGGACUUCGCAUAUUUUCCGGUAGAAAAGAAGCACCUGUGAUAAAUUAAACCGGUUGCGAACAAAUACACUAAAGACCAUUCCCGCAUGAAUCAAAGCAGAAAAUCAACCAAAGAUUCGCUGACACAAUAGAAUACAUUUAUUCGACACCUUUAUAGAGCGAACAAAUCUCUACCGAAUGGUUUAAAGCUAAUCGUUUUAGAACAGGUCAAUAAUACCUAGGUGGCGUUGAAGCUUAGCAGUAACUAUGCGUAGGAAAAUGUACCAUGCCUAACCAAGUGCUAGAGACAGCUACCAGUAAUCAAGUAUCUAUGACUGUCAGAAUAGCGAUGCAUGGUUGUACUAGUUUAGCAGCUUGGUAGAUAUGAGUCGGUGAGAUUUACAGUUAUCACGAAACGUUAUAACUAACUAGUAAUGUAGGAUGUGAAAUUAAUAGCCAAGAAAAACUUGUUACAAAAGUCAACAGCGGCAACCCACCAUUACUCAAACAAAUAGUGAGAUUUUAACGUUUGCAUACUUUUUAAGAGCAGAAACUAUGACAGAAGUAAAAUAUAUAUAUAUAUAU